AUGGGCGUCGAAUCCUUUGCAUUUGUCCCUUUUCCCUCCCCAGGGCAGGCCUUCUUCACCGUCGGUGUCUGCAUAUUUUCUUACAUACUGCUUGUCUUGUUAUAUCGUCUAUAUCUCAGCCCACUCGCAGCAUUCCCCGGCCCGAAGAUCGCUGCAGCAACGCACUUGUGCGAGUUCUACUACGAUGUGAUUAAGAGGGGCCAGUUUGUGUUCAAGCUCCGAGAAUGGCACGCAAAACAUGGUCCAAUCAUUCGCAUCAAUCCUGAUGAGAUCCACAUUUACGACGCCGACUAUCUCCAGUCAUCAGUAUUCACGGCCAGCAGCGGCAAGCGGCGCGAGAAGUAUGAGGUUGCCACAAGAGUCUUCGGGGCGCCGCAAGCUGCCAUUGCAACGGUAGAUCACGACGUGCACCGGAUGCGGCGCAGGGCAAUGGGUCGGUUCUUCUCCAAAGAAAAUGUACGACGAGUCGAACCCAUCAUCCAGACCACGCUGCAGCGAAUGUUCGCACGGAUGCAGGACUACCGAGAGACCGGGCGUCCUCUGACCAUCUCACUGCUUUACAGUGCCUUCACCGCGGACGUCAUUACAGAGUAUGCCUUCGCCAAGUCGAACAAUUACUUGGAUAUGCCCGACUUGAACAAGAAGUUCUUCGACAUGAUGGUGGGAGUGCACGAGAUGGGAGCAGCGGCACGGUACUUCAAGUGGAUGAUGCCGGUGCUAAACUCGCUCCCGCCUUGGCUUGUCACCAAGCUGAAUCCCGGCAUGCGCGAGUUCUUCGUCUUCCAGGAAGACAUGAAAGGGCGUAUCCAGGAGGUCAAGGAGAAAAGCGAGUACUACGGGACACUCACACACAAGACCGUUUUUCACGAGAUCCUCACCAGCAAUAUUCCUGCACCGGAGAAGACGGUCGACCGACUGUGGCAGGACGCGGAGAUUGUGAGCGUUGCGGGGACUGAGACGACCGCUUGGACGCUCGUGGUCAUUACGUAUUAUCUGUUGGCCGACCCCGAAGUCCUGAGGAGGUUGAGGGUCGAGCUAUUCACCAUCACCGAGGAGUCCGUGCCGUGGAAGCGACUGGAGAAAUUGCCCUAUUUGACCGCGAUCAUCCAAGAGGGCCUCCGGCUGUCCUUUGGCGUUACUUCCCGCCUGGUGCGUACCUGUCCCGACGAAAUAGUCAGGUACACAAACAAGGGUAAGAUAAGGGAGAUUCCUGCCGGGACACCCAUCUCGACCACCGGGCCACUCUAUCACCUCGAUUCAUCCAUCUUCUCCGAUCCUCUCCGGUUCCGCCCAGAGCGUUGGUUAGAACAAGGCCAGAGCCUCGACAGAUACCUGUGGUCGUUCUCGAAAGGAUCACGCCAGUGCUUAGGCAUGAACCUCGCCUACGCCGAGCUUUACCUAUGUCUCUUUGCAGUGUUUCGGAGAUACGGCGGGCCUGGAGAUCAAAGUCCAAGGAUGGAGCUGUUCGAGACAUCUGUCGAGGACGUGGAGUUCAAGUAUGAUCUCUUCGUCCCGUAUCCAAAGAUGGAAUCAAAGGGCAUCAGGGUUGUGCUGAAGGAUGACUGA